AUGGCAGCCAUAACCAUAACCAGUGGUUACGACAGAGCAAAAGCAGUGAAGGAAUUCGACGAGUCCAAAAUAGGUGUAAAAGGUCUCUCCGACUCCGGCAUCAAAACCAUUCCACAAAUUUUCAUCCACCCACCACAAACACUUUCCGACCUAAAAUCUUCCUCCAACAAAACCACUUCAAUACCACUCAUCGACCUCUCCAACGUAGCUUCACCAAACCACCGACCAAACAUCAUAAACCAAAUCAAACAAGCAGCCAAAACAUGGGGAUUCUUCCAAAUCAUAAACCACAGCAUAAACUUGUCGGUUCUCGACAGCACCAUCAAAGCCAUCGAGUUUUUCCAUAACCAACCACACGAAACAAAAUCCAAAUACUACAAACGAGAAGAAGGACGUGGAGUUAUGUAUGCAAGUAACAACGACUUGUACAGAACAACCGCUGCAAGCUGGCAUGAUUCUCUGCAAGCAUGGAUGGCACCAGAGACACCGAAAGCCGAGGAGUUACCGGAGAUUUGUAGGAAGGAGAUGAUUGAAUGGGACUUGAAUUGUGUUGGAGUUGCUGAAGUGGUUUAUGAGUUGUUAUCUGAAGGGUUGGGAUUGGAAAGUGGAAAGUUGAAGGAGUUGAGUUUUGCUGAAAGUAGAGUGUUGGUGGGACAUUGUUAUCCUUACUGUCCUCAACCGGAUUUGACUAUGGGUAUUACACCGCAUACAGAUCCUGGUGCAAUUACGUUGUUGUUGCAGAAUCAAGUGCCGGGGUUGCAGGUGGAGCACGGCGGUGAGUGGGUGGAUGUUAACCCUGUGCACGGUGGUAUCAUAGUUAAUAUCGGCGACUUUCUUCAGAUAAUAUCUAAUGGGGAGUAUAAGAGUGUACAACACAGGGUGUUGGCUAAUUCACAUGAAAAAUCAAGAAUCUCAAUAGUGAUGUUCUUGAACUUGAGUAAAUGGAGACAAGAUGGUUACCAUGGGCCUCUUCCUGAAUUGGUGUCCUCAGAGAAACCGGCAAAUUAUCGAGAUUUCACUCAACAAGAAUUUAUUGACAACUUUUAUAGCAAGGGAAUUGAUACCAAGUCUUUCAUAGACAAAGUUAAAAUUCAAACCUGA